GAAUCUGAGGGUAUCAGCAGAGAGGAACACACAAGUGCUGAGCAACUGUACGCGUUGUGCUCGCCUGCUGCGGACGCUUGUGUUUGUUUGCUGACUGAAGUGUUGUUCUGUCUGCACCGCGCCAAGGGAAAUCGCCACCUAACAAAGCUCCGACUGUGUGCGGUCCAGCGACUGGAAACAGGAGAGCGAGUCAGAAAGUGAGAGGAGAAACAGUUUGGGGCUCCACUGCAGAUCUGCGAAGAUGCAAUGCCAAGAGUUCACGCUCUGACGGAUGCCGCUUACCUGUAGUACGUCUUAAAGCCGGCGCAACAGAGGACGGGACGAUCUGAUCGCUGACUUCACAAGCUGCAUGGGGUUCUAGUGUGUUGUGACUGCUUCUUUUACAGGAAAUCCAAAACGAAGCCCAAUGGAAAGAAAGCACCCGCGGAGGAGAAGAAGCACUACAUGGAGCCAGAGUACACGAAAGUGCGGGUCAUGGACUUCGACCUGAAAGAUUUGGUGUCGCUUCCCACCAAAGAGAUCGACCUCAACGAAUGGCUCGCCAGCAACACAACGACCUUCUUCAAUCUCAUUAAUCUACAGUACAGCACAAUCUCAGAGUUUUGCACUGGGGACACAUGUCAAGCCAUGACGGCCUGCAACACGAUAUACUACUGGUACGACGAGAGGGGGAAGAAGACGAAGUGCACGGCGCCGCAGUACGUCGACCUCGUCAUGACGUUCGUGCAGAAGUUAGUGACGGACGAAGAGAUCUUUCCCACGAAAUACGGCAAAGACUUCCCCAACUCGUUCGAGUCUCUGGUGAAGAAGGUGUGCCGGUAUCUGUUUCACGUCUUGGCUCACAUCUACUGGGCUCACUUCAAAGAGUCGGUGGCUCUGGAGCUGCAGGGACACUUGAACACGCUCUUCGCACAUUUCAUGGUGUUCGUCAGAGAAUUCAACCUGAUCGAGCCCAAGGAGACCUGCAUCAUGGACGACCUGUCGGAGGUGCUGUGCGCCCCGCUGCCGCCCCAAACACACGGCAACCACGCGACCGAGAGAUGAGCCUCUCCUCCCGCAGGCGACUCUCCUCUCGACGGGGCCCCGAGGGGGCCCUCGUAACCAGCACAGAUCGCUGUGAAUGUUUCCCACGGGACGAAACCAUCCGUCUCCGUUCUCGUUUAUACAGGAACUCUUUGUAUUUCACUUCGCGGUUUUAUUAAGUUUUUUCUCGCGCAUGCGCUCUCGGAGGUUUUCGUCUUCUUUUAGGGAAUGGUGUUUCAGCUCGGCAGUGCCUUAGAUUUGCAGCUAAGGUAUUGUCGGUUUAUAUGCAACAAUAACGUACGAUUGACCUCUGGCUCCCCCUUGUGGAGGGAGCGACGUCCCGCGCCGACUCUUCGUCCUCCCCGCAGCCUUAUUUCGCCUAAAACUGUAGCGGACUAGUGCAGAAUCCUUUUUUUUUUCAUAUCCUAGCCGUCAUAAUCAGUGUCUUUUGUGUUUUCGAAUCAUUUCCGAUGUACUAGUCGGCCUUCUACGAUGACGUGUGAAGGUGGUAGGUUAGCGACAAGGAUAUCAGCGGUAUCUGCGGACCGAUGGUCGCUGUGUUGCAUUGAUGAGCACAUCCUCCAGCGUCACGACCUUCAUUAUUUUUUUUAUUUCACUUCUUCUUUUAAGUUAUCAGAGGUCAUGAAUAUUGUGGCAGCCCACGUGUGUAGAAAAUGCACAUUAAGUUGAAACUAAAUAGAUUGAAACUAUAUAUAUAUAUAUAUAU